UUCCAUUCUCUUCUCAUCUUCACAACUUCAUCACUUCCAUCAAUAUACCAAUUUCACCCGAUUCUCCAAUUGUAAUCCCAAAACCCAAUCCCAUCUUCAUGACCACAUACCCUAAACAACCACGCAUCCAGUUUCACCAGAAAUCCCACGAAAUCCAAAACCCCUUCUCCCCACUAUAAAACAAACAAACCAACCCACCCAAAUUUACAAAACACACAAUCCAAUUCCCCCACAGGGAAAAAAAAAAUGGCCAAAACCGGCGUCGUUCUGGGGGCGGCUCUGCUUCUGCUGGCAAUUACGACGCUAGGCGCCGACGCCAGAACGUGCGGCGUCGACGUCCAAGGCGUGGUGGACGAAUGCAUGGACUACUUGAAGAAAGGGUCGAGGCAGCGGGACCCGUCGCCGCAGUGCUGCACCGCCAUCGGCGGCGCCGACAUCAACUGCGCGUGCAAGAAGCUGCUGACCCCCGCCGUCCAGUCGCUGCUGGACAUGAACAACCUCGUCUACGUCGGCAGGAAGUGCGGGAUCUCCAUCCCCAAGGGGACCAAGUGCGGCAUUUCGUCGUCAAUAAUUGAAGGGCUUCGUCGUUAGAAGUUGGUGGACGGGGUGAAGGGAUCUGUAAUAAAAAAAAAUAUCUAUAUCUAUAUGUAUCAUGGAUUAUUGUUAUUGUUAUGUAAUAUAAGUCCGUGCGUAUGUACGUAAAUAAUUACAUGCACGUUGAUGAUUACAUGCAUUUGCAUGGAGUAAAUUAUAGUGUUGUGUUGUGUGACGCACAAGGUGGAUCGAGGUAAAUAGUUAUUUAAUCAUAAAUAAAAUUUGACAAGGUUAUAUUGCCUUAAUACGUUAAAUUGAAAAUUCUAUACAUGUUAAUGGAAAGUUAGUCCAUCAAAUUAAAAAAAAAAAAGUAAAAGGAG